AUGAAUAUUAAUAUGCUAUUUUUUCGUUUGAAGAGGCUGCCUCUAGCCUCAUUGAUAUUUCCUUCAAUUUCAAUCUUUCUAAUAUACAUGAUUUUUUUUGCUAACAAUGUCUCAAUACUUGGUAUUGACCAGUCUGCUAUUAAGAACCAUAAAUGGGCUCAUGAAAUUGAAGGAACGUGGUACUUUCCAUUCUCUAGUAAGUUCAAGAUGCCAAAAUAUUCCUACAAAAAGAAAUCAAACUGGUUAUCGAAUGAUUUUGUUGAGGAUAUUAUUCCAGAAGGUCACAUUGCUCACUACGAUUUAAAUAAGUUGCAUUCCACUAAAGAUGCAAUGAAGCUAAAGGAGCAUGUGCUGAUUGCUACUCCAAUGCAAACUUUCCACGAUGCAUACUGGAGCAAUUUAUUAAAGAUGUCUUAUCCACGUUCUUUAUUAGAAUUGGGUUUUAUCAUUCCAAGAACACCAACAGGUGACGAAACUUUAAAGAAAUUGGAAGCUGCUGUUAAAAAUGUUCAAACAGGUAAGGUUGAAGAUAGAUUUGCCAAGAUUACCAUCCUAAGACAAGAUUCCCAAAGUUUUGACAAAUUAGGUGAAAAGGAAAGACAUUCUUUAGCUGUUCAAAAAGAAAGACGUUCUGCCAUGGCUUUAGCAAGAAAUGAACUAUUAUUUUCUUCGAUUGGCCCAAGUACUUCAUGGGUUUUAUGGUUAGAUGCAGAUAUUGUUGAAACACCUGCCACUGUUAUUCAAGAUAUGACUAAUCACAAUAAACCGGUUUUAGCGGCUAAUGUCUAUCAAAGAUUUUUUGACAAAGAAAAGAAUGAAAACUCUAUUAGACCUUAUGAUUUUAAUAAUUGGGCUGAAAGCGAAAAGGGUUUAGAAAUUGCAAAAAACAUGAAUGAAGAUGAAAUUAUUGUUGAAGGUUAUGCAGAAAUUGCCACUUACAGACCGUUGAUGGCUCAUUUCUACGAUAAAGCUGGGAAAAUUGAUGCCUUGAUGGCAUUGGAUGGUGUUGGUGGUGGCUGUACAUUAGUUAAAGCAGAAGUUCACAGAGAUGGUGCAAUGUUCCCAAAUUUCCCAUUCUAUCAUUUAAUCGAAACCGAAGGUUUUGCCAAAAUGGCAAAAAGAUUAAACUAUGAAAUAUUCGGUUUACCAAACUAUUUAGUUUAUCAUAUUGAGGAAUAA